AUGGCUAGAUUAACGGCCGUGGAAUGCACAGUCACUUUGGUGGUUGAGAUUGUUUAUGAUAUACUUUUACGCCUACCUGCAAAGUCUCUACAGCGUUUCAAGCUUGUAUCCAAGCCAUGGGGUUCUCUGAUAUCUGAUCCCAACUUUGCUGAAUCUCAUCUCUGUCGAGUAAACACAUCCCAAGACAAUGUUAACCUGUUGCGGGUUGGGCAGAUGAGAGCCAUGAUGGGGCCUCGUCCACGUUUGUCACUCUAUUCAAUGGACUCCAAUGGUUUGAAUCGUGAAAUUGUAAGGCUAGACUAUCCCUUCGGCGAUCAUCUGCGCCAUGCUCGAAUCUUGGGUUCUUGUAAUGGUUUGUUACUUAUAGAUACAGAAAGCUGUGCAGAGUACUUUUUGUGGAAUCCAUCAACAGGAAAGUACAAGAGGAUUCCUCCUUUUAUUCAGGAGGAUGGUCAGUUUAUUUCAGGACUUGGUUACGAGUCUACCUCUAGAAACUAUAAAGGAAUAAUAGUUUCUCAUUAUAUCAGUGGAUCAUCAUCUCCAUCUUAUGAUAAUUAUCAUAACUAUGAAUCUUUAUGCUACCGUGUUUAUGAUUAUCGAAAAAAUUCAUGGACAUCAAAGGAUGCCAGUGAGUUUUCUUAUCGGAUACACACUAGUAGUAAGGCUGUUGUGGUUAAUGGAGUUCCACAUUGGUGUGUCUAUCGUCGAAAAUUAAAUGAACGUCAUAAUGAUCGAAAUAAUUCACAUCCUUUUCGUUUAUUUUAUUUUGAUGUAACUUAUGUUAUUGUUUAUUUUGAUUUGAAAAAUGAAAAUUUUAAAAAAGUGGAGUUACCAAUGUGGGCAACCCAUGAGAUGAAAUUCGAUUUGGGAGUCUUGGGAGGAUGUUUAAGUAUGUCCCUUAAUCCUCAUGGAAGCUUUACUGAAGUAUGGGCAAUGAAAGAAUAUGGAAUACCAGAAUCUUGGACUAAAUUGUUUGUCAUUUCAUCGUCCUUUGGUAAAUUGAGGCCAAUAUGUUUCCCAACGAACAACCGAAACGAAGUUCUGCUGAAGCUACGUGUAGAGAAGUUAGAGAAGUGGAUUAUCUUCAAUCUUAAAGAAGAAAGCAUGGAAAGGAUUUUGUUACUAAAUAAUUACUGCUGGUAUUACACGGAUUUCAGCGAAUGUACUUAUGUAGGUAGUCUAGUUUUUCCAGAUCAAGAACACCAAACUAAUCAUGAGGAAUUGGUUGAUGAAUUUUGUACUCUGUGA